AUGUCAACCAAACCAGACUUCGACAUUGCCAUCGUGGGCGGGGGCAUCGCUGGCCUUUGCCUCGCCUUGUCCAUCAUUGGCCACUCUUCCAUACCUGUCACCCUCUACGAAGCAGCACCAGCAUUUGGGGAGAUCGGUGCCGGCGUCGCCUUUGGGCCCAAUGCAGUGCGGGCCAUGUCCCUGAUAUCAAAGGAGUUUGGUUCGAGAUUUCAAGCCCGGGCAACGUCCAACUUGUCGCCAGAAAAGAAGAAUACAUGGUUUGACUUCCGCAUCGGCAUGGAUGGCAAGACUGAAGAGUCUCGGCAGCGAGGUGUUCGAGCCAGCCAAUUCCUCUGCACGGUCGACGAGCCAGAACCGCACAGUGGCUUGAUCAACCGCUCUCACUUCCUCGACAUCCUCGUUGACCUGCUCCCGCCCAAUUUCGGGACCUUUGGGAAGAUCCUGACAUCGUUGGAGGACAAAGGCCCUGCUGGUGUGCUCUUGCGCUUUGAAGACGGCACAGAAGCCACGCACAGCGCAGUCAUUGGUUGCGAUGGAAUCAAGAGUCGCACGAGGCGGAUCCUUGCGGGGGAGGAUAGUCCCAAGGUCCUGCCGACUUUUACAGGGAAAUACUGCUAUCGCGGCAUGAUCCCUAUGCACCUUGCAGUGGAGAAGCUGGGCGAAGAGCUCGCGCAGAAUUGUCAAGCUUACAUGGGAUAUCAUGGCCACAUCCUGACGUUCCCUGUUGCGAAGGGGAAGAUGAUGAACGUUGUCGCGUUCCACUCGCAGGACGAAUGGCGGCACGAGAGAAUGGUAAUACCGGCCACAAAGGAACAGAUCUUUGCAGAUUUCAAAGAUUGGGGCACGCAAGUCAAGGACAUAAUCAACCUGAUGGGCCCGUCGGACAUCUGGGCGCUCUUUGACCACCCCAGCCUCGACACCUACACGCGCGGAAGACUAUGCUUGAUGGGCGACGCAGCUCACGCAUCGACGCCCUUUCAGGGCGCAGGCGCCGGUAUGGCGGUGGAGGACGCAUAUGUGCUGGGGAGUCUAGUGGCGAAUAUCCGGAGCGGAAAUCAGCUGGAGUCGGCGUUUCAAGCCUUUGAUACGCUACGACGAGAGAGGACACAGAGGCUGGUGACCUCGAGUAGAGAGUCUGGACAUUUGUGGCACUUUGAGCUCGAGGGAGACGAUGUAGAAAAGAUCCGAGAUUUACUUGCGAGCCGGAUGCGUUGGAUUUGGGAAUAUGACAUCGAGGCCGAUGUGAGAGCCGCCCUGGCUACGCUGCGGCAGCAACAAGAGUGA